UUAGGUACAGGUGUGCAUUGAGGACACAGCCAGCACGUUCAUUAAGAGGGCUGAUAUUGGUUCUCUGUGUCACCCAAGCUUGUUUUUACAAAAUUUUAUUUUGUCUCUUUUUUAUUAUGAUAGGGACUGUAAGGGACUGAAAACGUGUGAACAAGCACCAAGUCAGAAGGCGCACUAAGUGCGUCCUAUUAGGGUUUCUAUUAGAAGAAGUUCAGGUCAGGCAGUGCUGAGCCUCAAUCCACACCACUGAGCUGCUCCUGUUUGCUCACAAACACGGGAUUACUGCACGAGCAGUGAAAACGGGAAAGGUCUUUUUUUUUUUUUUUUUUUUUUUUACCAACAAUGGACAAAAUGCGACACAACCUGUCUAUCUGUCAAACUGAGUUUAUCAGCAUUUGUGUUCGGGAUCCAAGGCUUCAUAAAGAUGACCUCUGGCACACACACGUUGACUAUGAGAUCUGUAUACAUACCAAUAGCAUGUGCUUUCGAAAGAAGACUUCCUGUGUAAGACGGCGUUACAGCGAGUUUGUUUGGCUGCGUCAUUGUCUGGAACAGAAUGCUCUGAUCAUGGAGUUACCCAAGUUGCCGCCCUGGAAUCCUUUCUUCAGCAUUAAGAACACAGAGCAGGUCUUUCAGAGGAUGAAGGGCUUCCAGGAGUUUUUAGAAAGUGUUCUUUAUAUGCCAUUGUUGCUAUCAGACAGUCGACUCCAUCUGUUCCUCCAGUCAGACCUCAGCAUCACAAAGAUGGAAAGGUGUGCCAUUGGUAAGACCAGGUACACAGUGGCUGAAGCCAUACAGCGUUCCAGCAGCGGUUACAUCAGCAGACAGGAGAACAAGGCCAGCUGUGACUCUGACUGUGAAAGCUCUUCUUCGUCAGGCUUCGGACUGAGUGUGGACACUCAUGUGAGAGUGAGCCCCAUCCCCUUCUUGGAGUCUUGACAGAGACCCGAAGCUGUUCAGCUGUCCUCGGAACUCCUUAUCAGACUCUUUGCGCCCUGACACACAGCAGUUGUGCUUGAUCAACUGGUUUGUGAUACAUGGAGCUAUUGCUUUCCUUAACUUCCAAAGAUUACAAACUUUGCUUUUAGCCAUUUGUUUAGUUCAUUAUUCCCCUUUCAGCAUUUGUUUUAAUAAUUUGCUUAAGUUUUCUCUUCAAGCAUGUAAUUGAGAUUUAACUUGGCGUGCUUGGGAGGGGAAAAAAAGUUUUUAAAAGAUUUGAUUUCUUAAAUAUUUACAAUGUAUAUAUUUUUAUCUGCACUGAAGCUGUACUGAGAUUAGCCAGGGAUACGUCUUGAAUUGUCGACCAGAUUUUAAGAAUCAUUUGAAU